GUGAAAGUUGUCACAACUAGCCAGUUGUCGUUGCCAGCUGCUGACAAGCUCCCCGGAAAUGGAUAAGCUUGUGGUCUUUGGAGCCAUUACCUUGUUUUGGCUGCUCUUCGCCGUCGUCGGGUACCUAAUCUCCUGCCGGUACGAGGAGCGCGGCGUGAUCCGUUGCUGUACCAUCCUGACCGCCGUCUGCUGCUACAUGGCCUGGCUGGUCACAUUUCUGAUGCAGAUGAACCCGAUGAUUGGUCCGCGGGCCAGCCAGAAGAUCAUCUUCGGCAUGAUGAGCUACUGGCCCAACUCUUACAUCCAUGAUGACCCAGACCCGUGAUGUCUUAGCGAAGUUGGAUUAUAUAAGUUUACAUUUUAAGCCCCGAUUGGAACCAUAAUUCACAUGGAAAACCUAUAUUAAAAUUUGUAUUUCGCUGUAGAUAAAUUUUAAAAACAAA